UGUUAUGAAUGAUAUUUACAUUUUAAAAUAUUAAAAAAUUGUUGAUACAAGAAUGUGUUGAAAAGUUUUUGCAAAAACAAACUUAGAGCUUUUCUACUCAAAGUAAAGUCCCAGAACAGAAAUUUACUUAAAAAUACUGAAAAGGAACAACGAUCCAUUUUCGACAAAAAGUCAUAUCGAAAACCAUAGAAAUACUUAGCAAAGUCAUUAGCCCAAUAUUAGCUUUGAAUCAAUGAAUUUGUAAUACUUGGGAAAGAUAUGUUCUAGAAUAUUUAGCAUUCGUGCUUAUCGAAAUAGUCCAUGUAUUUGUGCGGAAGGUAAGGAGAGCCAUAAUAUGUCACAAAAAUAACGGAAAAAACAGAUUUUGAAAAUUAUAGAUAGACAGAUCUUACAAGGAAAUUAGAAGUUUGAGAUAUAAUUUCCCUCUUCGACUGUGUUCUAAUUGUGUUAGUCUCUCUAUCGUGUAACUCUGCCAAACCUGAAACGCUAAUACCCAUUGCCAGAUCUCAAGAACUCUCUUUUUGAUCAGAUAAGGGCGGUAAUUUCACCAAGCUUUCCAGAUGAUGCCGUGGUACAGGGGUCCGAGCGGCUCGGCCCAGGACCUUAUCGAGCUCCAGAAAGAGGACUCGACCCCUCCAGCCGAAGUGAGCAAACUGCGAAGAGUGCUCACUUACCACGCAAAGCGAAGGAAGAAGAAAGCUCAUCACGUCGGAGGAUUCUGCCUCCAUUCGGUGCUCAAGGAACCCCUCUGUCUCGUGAACUCGGUACCCCUCAACUUCGAAUUUGGAAGUUCUUCAACUACAGACCUUGCUGCAAGAAGAGGCGUAUUCAGCAGAAGGAGAUAUGGCUCAGUGGAGAUGCUCGCUUCCUGCGACGGUGAGGGAUCUGAAAGUCUAGUCCGGAGAUUCCGAAUAGAAAAUGGUGAACAAGUGGAAAAAGAUGAGGUAUAUGGAUCUCCAAGCACGCCUGUUCUGGAAAAUCCUGAAUACCAAACGAGGUGGUAUUUCAAAUUCUUCUUGGGAAAAUUGCAUCAGAACUACGUCGGUGCAGACUCUGACAAAGUCCCUUUCUUCUUGUCAGUUGUGCUCACCGACGCCAACUCCCAAGGAGUUCAGCAGUACAGAGCCAUCCUCUGGAGAAAAACGGGAGCUCAAAAAAUUUGCCUUUCUCAUUCGCCUGGUAAACCCUUGACGGUGAAGUCUAUCUUAAGUAAUUUCCAAAAUAUGGACAAAAUCGAGAAAGGACCAAAGGAAAUCUUCUCUCCAGAGAUUCAAAAGGAUCUACUGUUAUUGGAAGAGCAAGAAGGAUCUGUGAAUUUCAAAUUUGGUGUGCUGUUUGCAAAAGCCCGCCAAACAACAGACGAUGAAAUGUUUAGCAAUGAAACCGGUACAAAAGAAUUUGACAAGUUUGUGAAUUUGCUUGGUGAGAGGAUUCGGUUAAAGAGCUGGGAUAAAUACAGAGGAGGACUAGAUGUCAAAGGUGAUAUGACGGGGAAAUACUCUGCUUACACAAUAUACGAAGGCCAUGAAAUUAUGUUUCAUGUCUCUACUUUACUGCCUUACUCCAAAGACAAUCGACAACAAGUUGAAAGAAAACGGCACAUUGGCAACGACAUUGUGAAUAUCAUAUUUCUAGAAGGCACUCAUAUGGAUCACGUCAACUUCAAACCAACGAUGAUCAAAUCUCAAUUUACUCAUAUCUUCGCGGUUGUUUCAUACGAGAAGGAAGAUGAUUCCUACAGGUUGUCUGUGUAUUCGGAGGAAUCGGUUCCCCUUUUCGGCCCGACGCUCCCGAAUCCACCAAUUUUCAAAAAUCAUCAAGAAUUCAGAGAGUUUCUUCUAGUCAAACUUAUCAACGGUGAGAAGGCAGCAUUCAACACUCCGACCUUCGCGCAGAAAAGAGAGAGAACAUUAGACAUGCUCAUAAAGGAUCUCUACACCGAACACAUGGCAGAGAACAGAGGGGCGGAAUUGUUUUUUAACGCUGUGGUUUCAAAGAUCCUUCUUAAGCAGCGGUGGAUGGAGAAAGCGAACGUUGCAUCCAAGCGCAGAGAAAUGACGAUGCUCAACAGACGCGCAUUUAGUGACGUCUUGUCUGACGCAUCCAAAACAUCACGGAGAAAAGAAGAAGCCAGGCAGGUCGAGUUUGUCAGGAUUGGACAGGCACUAAAGUUAGAUACGAUUGUCAAAGGAGACGCGCCAACAAGUUUAGCGACUACCAGUCUGUUUAAGAGAGAGCUGCCUAAGAGCAACCCGUGCCUGCCCUGGGAGCCACAGUGCUUUUAUCCGGAUUUCCCUCAUGAAAUCGUCUGUGGAGACUCGUGGGGAGAUAACAAAUUGGUUUUGGCAACUGAAGACGGAGUCUAUUUUGUUGAAGAGGGAUCUAGUCAUCGAUUAAUUUUUGAUAAAUCUCUACAAGUGAAGCAACUUAGUGUUGUUGAAGCUCAUGGAAUUUUAUUAAUAAGAGCGGACAAAGGCCGGGACAGCCGAAUCCACGUGUUUCGUCUCUCUGAUUUUGAAGGCGAGCAAAAUGAGGCACUCAUAAGAACAAAAGCUGACGUCAAAGAUCACAAAAUAGAACGUACGAAAGGUUGUCACUUGUAUGCUCUCAGUCGCCCCGGUGGUAGCCACCUGCGCAUGGUGGUGGCGAUCGGGCGCAAGCUGAUCAUUCUUCAGUGGAGACACUCUGCCGCGUGGACCACGUGGUGUGCAGCGUCGGACACCGACACGGUGGACGGAUUUCAGUUCACUAAGGAAAUUUCCCUCCCUGACACUCCGCAUCUCAUUACUUUGGUGGACAGCCCCGUGUCGGGAUUCGACAACCAGAUAUGUGUUGGGUACAGACACCAGUUUGACCUGGUGAAUGAAAAGACCGGAGAGUCACAAAAGUUGCACGUCAUCGAAGGAAACAAAGGUCAUCUGAUUGCUGCCAUCGACAUAUACGAAGAUGAUGAAGCUGAAUUGUUGCUCUGUUAUAAUCAUAUGACGCAUUUUCAAAAGCUGUUUGAGGAAGGCACAAGUGAAUUCGAUUUCCAGUGGAAUGCAGUACCCGAAGCAAUCGUCUGUGCCUUUCCCUACGUCAUGGCCUUCACGUCCGACAACAUAGAAAUCCGACUCGUCAUCAACGGAAACCUCGUACAAAGCAUGGUCAUGCCCAGCCUCAAGCUCAUCACAGCGAAAAGCGACAUCAUCUUCGCUACCACCGCACCCGAAAGUUUCCAAGUUCGCCGAGAACGCGUCAAAGUUGACAAGAUGGACAGAGAUCCGAGUCUUUCUCCACCUUCAUCGCCACACUCUACAGGAGGGGGUGCACCGUACAACUUUGAUGGGGUGAAGCCAUUCCGGAUCUUCCGGAUUUCGUACACUUCCCUGACGGGUAGCUCACCCAGCGAGCGCAGAGUGCCCACACCCACCACACCCACUCCCAACUCAAUGCUCAACGCCGGUGCCUCCGGCAUCAAUUAUCUUACACCGGAUACGCAGCUAGACUGCCUGAGCGCCGAUGGCAAUCGCCUGCGGGCCGAUGCAGCUCGACCCAGUCGCAGUGCGUCCUCCUCUCCCCUGCCCCAACUGCCUCUCAUCCAUCGGCAGGCCUCCCCCACCCGAGGACUCAACCGAGAUCACACCCAUUCCGCCAGUUCCGAUUCUGGAUUGGGCAAAAGUUUGGGAUCCACUCCGCCGCCGAGUCCUUUUGUUGUGGCAGAAAUCGACCCACCUGCUCCCUUCCAGGACAAGUGAUGACCCCCCCCCUCCCCACUCUUUUAUCAUUCUUACAACAGAGAUGAAAAUGAAGAGCAUGCGUACAAACUGUGCAUUCGCGAAACUCAGUACAAACAUUAAGGUGUACAUUGCAGUACAAAAUAUUAUAUUUUAUAUGUACAAAUGAAUUUCAAAAAGUUAGUAAUUACGUAAAGGAGAAUUUAGCAUAUACAUAAAAAAAAAAUAAAAAAAACUGUGGGCCCAGAUAAACGACUAAGGAGAUAAAUAUUAUAAAAUUUUUUGUCAUCCUAGUUGAAAAGUAACUUUACUUCGUCCCAAAAUAAUAUAUAUAUAUUUCACAUAUCAAAUUAGAUUUGAAACAUUCAAAAUUAUUGUCAAUUAAAGUGAAUUUUGGCAGUCAAUCAAUAAUCAGUGUAAUUGCACAGUGAAUGAAGGAACGAGAUAAUCAGUUGUUUUAUCAGUGUUUUUAAAAAGCGUUUUUUUUUUCUUUUUUUUUUUUUUAGUUAGAUAUAAAAAGAACUUUUGUUACUGAUUUAUUUUAGGUACAAAAGUAGCAAAGAUUUAAAAAAUACCUAUAAAAAAUGUUGCAAUAUUUGUUUCUUCCUAUACAGUUUGAACCAAUAUAUAAGAUCAAAAUAAUUUCUAAAAUAUUCAUUGUAUCAAUUUUUCAGAGAACUAUGCAAAAUAAAUAUUAAUUUACACGAUAAUUGUUAGCAAUUUUAUAACUAAGAAUUAAGACAAAACAGACACUUUUAAAUAAAUUCAUCAUUUUAUUAAAUUGAUACUUAUUUUCUAAUAAAUAAUAAACCUGGAUGCAAAAAAAGCAUUUCGCACCUGAGAUUUGCUAACCUGCUUGUUUCAUCCUUGCUUUUUUCUUUUUACUUUAUCAAAUAUUACCACUUGAAUAAUAAUAUAAUAAGCAUAUUUUAUUGAAAAAUCCUCCUCUGAAUUCAAAUAAUUAGAAAUUCAUUUUUAUAUCUUUAUUUUAUCUUAUUUAAAAUUUAUCUUGUUUGCUCUAAUGAGCGCAAUCCCUCAAAGCAUUGGGGGAAAAAACCUUAUUUUUAAAAUAUUAAUUCGAAUUGUAUGACAAGUUUCGUUUAAAUCCCCAACCAGAGAAUUAGAAAGAAUUUUUUUUUUCUAACCUAAAUAAUUUAUUCGGCUCGAAAAGCACCAGAUGCUUUAAAUGCUCAAUUCAUAUAUGAAUAAUUUAGUUCUAGCUCCGUCUUUUUUCUUCCUAAUUAUCUUUUAAAUUGCACACAUUGCAAAUUCUUCAGAUUAUUUUAAUUAAAAUCUGUCAUUAAUAUCCAUGCAUUUUUAAUCGUAUAAUGAAGUAAAUCCCCUGAUAAAUGCUAUAUUAUUUCCUUUUUUUUUUCAUUCAUUUGUAAGAUGAAUCUUUUUCUUUGAUACAAGUUGUUUAUAAUAGUACGAGAAAAGACUGCGUGAAAGGCGGUUCAUAUUUUACUCUUCAAGGCAGGAAAAGUAUCAAUAAAAUAGCAGUUAAUUCCAUUACAGGAGUUUCAGAGAAACUGAAAUCAGUAAUGCAGACUUUCCCCAGGUGACAGAAUGGAUUGAAAAAGAAUAUAGCUUCGGAAAGGAAUAUUGGAUUCGUUCUUUGUUAUAAUUUAAUUAGCUGCUUUUAAGAAUUCGGAAACAAAUAAUUCUUAUUUUAAAGUUGAUUUUCUGUUUUUUAUUAAAAAAUAUAAUCUUGAUAGCAUCAGGAUGAAAAUAUUUUAUUUCAAUAUUUACCAUUUAUUAAAAUAACGCCAUUACAUGCAAUAACGAAUACUUUAAAUCUCGACAUAAAUUGAUUAAAAUUUCAGUAUCUACAAAUAAAGGUUAUUUAUAAAUAAUUGAAAUUUUGAUUACUUUUUCCUUUCCCAAGAAAAUGAACACGAAUUCAAAAAGAAUAUCAAUUUAUUUUUUUGAUGUCAGGUUUGAAUCGACAACUGUUAAUUUAU